UCUUUUUCUCAGGGGAUAGCUCUACGCCGAUCAGCUUUCCUCGCCUUUCUUCUCUUCUCUUAAUACUUUCUUUCAUCUUAAAUUUCAUCAAUGGCGUUCCCGCCAGAUACCAGUAAGAACUCGAAGCUUGAGCGGUAUAAUAGUUAUAUAAGGAGAGUGAAUAGCUCGAAGCUCAUUGCGGCUUCGUCGAAGUUGCUUUUUAGAGCUACUCUCAUGGUGGCUUUGAUUCUGAUAUUUUUCUUCACCAUCAAUUAUCCGCCGCUUGCGGAGAGCUCCGGCGGGGGGCGCCGCCGUGCGCUUCAUACGACGGGGCAUAGUUUGCUGGCGGCGACGUUUUCCGGCGGGGCGGCGUGGGAGAAGCAGGUGCAGAGCUCCGCGACGCCGCGGCGGCAGAACGGGAUGUCGGUGUUGGUGACCGGCGCGGCGGGGUUUGUUGGGUCCCAUUGCUCGCUGGCGCUGAAGAAGCGCGGGGAUGGGGUGUUGGGGCUGGAUAAUUUUAACGCGUAUUAUGAUCCGUCGUUGAAACGCGCCCGCCAGAAGCUUCUGGAGAAGCACCAGAUCUUCAUCGUGGAGGGAGACCUCAACGACGCGCCGUUACUCUCCAAGCUUUUCGACAUUGUCCCCUUCACGCACAUCCUCCACCUCGCCGCACAAGCCGGCGUUCGUUACGCAAUGCAGAAUCCUCUCUCUUACGUCAGCUCCAACAUCGCCGGAUUCGUGAACCUUCUAGAAGUCGCCAAGAAGGCCGACCCCCAGCCCGCGAUCGUCUGGGCGUCUUCGAGCUCCGUUUACGGGCUCAACACUAAAGUCCCGUUCUCGGAAAACCACCGCACCGAUCAACCCGCCAGCCUCUACGCCGCCACCAAAAAAGCCGGCGAGGAAAUCGCGCACACUUAUAACCACAUUUACGGCCUCUCCCUAACCGGGCUGAGAUUCUUCACCGUCUACGGGCCCUGGGGCCGGCCCGACAUGGCGUAUUUCUUCUUCACCAAGGACAUGCUCCAGGGGAAGCCGAUCAACGUGUACGUCACGCAGGAGGACAAGGAGGUGGCGCGUGACUUCACGUACAUCGACGACGUCGUGAAGGGGUGCGUGGGGGCGCUGGACACGGCGGAGAAGAGCACCGGCAGCGGCGGGAAGAAGAAAGGGCCGGCGCAGUUGAGGGUGUACAACCUGGGGAACACGUCGCCGGUGUCGGUGAGGAAGCUGGUGUCGAUUCUUGAAAAUCUGUUGAGCAUCAAGGCUAAAAAGAACGUGGUCAAGAUGCCCCGAAACGGCGACGUUCCGUUCACCCAUGCUAACGUGAGCCUGGCGUACAAGGACUUCGGGUACAAACCCACCACGGAUCUUUCAUCCGGGUUAAGAAAAUUCGUCAAGUGGUACGUUAGUUAUUACGGGAUACAAUCAAGGGUAAAAACGGAAUUACACCCUACCCAUCAGUCCGAUGAUUAAGCUGUGGGGCCCAACAACAAGCGGUGCUGCCUUUCUGGCUUUCUUUCCUUUUUUUUUUUUAUAACUUAUUUUUCCCACUCAAAUAUAAUAUAUUUAUUUAAAAUUACUGUUCAUGUAUUUUGAAUCUUAUAGGGAUAGAUAGAAUUUUAUGUACAAAAAGUAAAAAAAAAAAAUGGCAUAUCAUAUAAAGUAAGAAAUAUGAGAAGGAAAGGGGGAGCAAGUGUAGAUUUGAAAAGUGGAGUGGCAAAUAAUGUGAAAACACCUUAAAUGCAGGGGUGUAAUGGUAAUUUCAAUUAUACAUAAAUUUCUCAUCUAAAUGUUUGUAAGUUUCCUUUUGGUACAACAAUGAUUCUUCUCCCAA